UUUUUUAGAAAGGUAACAUUUAUUAUCAAAAAUACAAUGAAACAGUUUUUACUUUUCACCUCUGUUCUUUUUUUGCUAUAUCAACAGGGUAGCUGCGUAAGCGAAAGUGAUAAAAAAAUAAUGCAAGAAGCUCAUGAUGCCUGCUCAGAGGAAACACAAGUUGAUCAGGCUACACUUUCUAAGGCCAUUAACGAUUCAAUCUUUAUAAACACCCAAAAAAUGAGAUGUUAUGCCAAAUGCCUAUUUGUCCACUUUAAAAUUAUUGAUGGUAAAACUGGAAAGCUUACUAUUGACAAGUUUAAAAAAUCUUAUCCCUCAUCCUUAGUUGAACCACAUAUGAAAGCUUUUAAUGCUUGUAAUAUUUAUAACUUUAAUGCAAAUAUGUGCGAACAUGCCUGGCAAUUGGUGACAAAAUGUCUGGUAUCUCAACCAACAUAUCACUUUAUAUAAAAGUAAAAAUACAAUUUUGUAACAAUUCAAUGUACCUACAUCUAAAAAUUUUAAACUUAUAUUAGCAAUGGUGGCUGGCUUUGCAUUACAUUUUGGUAUUAUCAAUGAUAAUUUAUCAUAGUUCCAGAGUUAAUAUGGAUGGGCUUAAUGGAUCAACUUCAUUAAAUCACCUUAAUUGUUUUUUCAAACACAAUCAUAGUUUUUUUAUUGCUAUACAAAUUUAAAGAGCACAAAAUAAAAUUUGAAAACAUUAAAGGGGG